AUCGCAAUGACUACGUCUGCGAGUGAACGAGCAUGCCUGGCGAGUUUUGGGUAGCCAGAAAAUCCUAUUGAAAUUUCGAUCAAAGCGCGCGAGACAUGACGCGAUCGAAACUUCCCAGUUUUCUCCUCGCCACGUGGCUGCUCGGCACGAUCGCUACUAAGUCGCGAAUGAGCGACUUUCUGCAAAGCUUGCAGGAGUACGAGAUCGUUUACCCUCGAGUGAUCCCGAAUGAGAGCGCGCGGAACAGAAGAUCGACCCACGAAGACCGAGAAACUUGGCGCGAGUAUCUCCACCAAGAGCCGGUGUUCCUCGAGAUCAGCAACUGGACCUUAAGGACCAUGGCCAACGAUCGAUUGAUACUGUCGUCGAAUUUUACCGUGAAUUGGGUGCGCCAGGGUAAAACCAAGUCCGAGCGACGUAACGCCAAGGCGAACUGCGAUCUUCGACAAGGCAGCUUGGAAGGAGACGCGAGUUCCUUCGUCGUCGUGACGAUAUGCGAAGAAGAAGUGUACGCCUUGAUGUUGAUCGGGCAGAGAUCGUUCUUCGUUCAGCCGCUGACGAAUGGCCAGCAUGUGAUGUUUCAGCCGAAAAACGAAAAGUGGUGGUCGAUCAGGAAUAAUUCGAGCUUCGUGUCUGUGAAUCCGGAAAAUCCUGCAGGUGAGAAGGAUCGUUAUCGCGAUGGCUUUUCAUCUUUCGUUAGACGGUUGGAUGUAGGUGAUUGGUUGAUCGAUUUACCGACUUCCUUGCCAAUUAUGUUAGGAUUUUAUAAUCUUUCCGGUGACGUCUUCGACGUGGAAUACCCAGAAGCUGAGAAAUUGAUUCUGUACGAUGAAAAAGACGAUGUCUCCACAGAAUACAACGAUACAAUAGUGGAAGAAUUAUCGAUCGACGUAAAUCCUGUUGAGAAAUGCUCAGAGUCGACCACGCCUCAAUUGCUAAGACGCAUUGGGAGACGAGUGGAUCCGAGAUUGAUUAUCAACCCCAACCUAUAUAAAAUAACAAAUCCCGAGGAAAUUGGAUACUUCUCUGGUCCUAAAUGGCAAAGGAACAGAUUAUCAAAGAAAAGACCAACUGCUAAGGAUUCGCCGCCACGAUGGUUAGAGCUUGGAAUAGCUGCUGAUUACUCCGUGGUAGAUUUUCAUGGAAUUCGAGUACAGCAAUAUACCUUGGCUCCUUUAAACAUCGUCAGUGCAAUUUACAUGGACCCGUCGCUCGAAUCCAACAUGAUUCUAGUGAUCGUACGAGUGAUUUUAUACGCGGAAAAACGAGACGUUAUGGUCCGCCGUGGCGAUGCCAGACGAUCUCUCGAGAACGUUAACAAAUGGAACAGAAAGAUGCUGUCCUCGAAGGACGUAAAUCACGAUGUUGCUGUAUGGUUGACGCGAUUAGAUAUAGGAGGUCCUUCCGGUUACGCACCUGUGUCAGGAGUAUGCUAUCCCGCGAGAUCGUGCGCGUUAAAUCGAGACGAAGGCUUGACCAGCGCAUUUAUCAUCGCUCACGAAGUAGCACACAUGUGAGUGUCCCACAUGUUGGAUAUCGUUGGCAAACUGAAAUAUUUAUAACUGGCCUGGGUAUUUACGCAGAGACCGUGUGCUAUUUAUUUAUGCAAAUACGUACUUUUACGAGAAUAAUUUGAAAAAUGAAAUCUCCAUAGGAGAACUUAUUAUCUUUACCGAAUAUCACAACGAGUACUGUGCUUUGAA